CGCUGUCCCCGGCACGGGCAGCCCCUCGAGUUCUUCUGUCGCACGGAGGGUCGCUGCGAGUGCAGCGCAUGCACUGUGAACGAGUGUCGCCUCCACGAGCGGGCGCUGCUGGACACUGAGCGUCGGGAACGCGAGGUGACACCGGAGUGCCCUGCCCUGUCUUUAGGCGCCUAGGCUGGGGCGGACAGCUUAAGCAGGAGGCGGCUUUGGGAUGUUUGUGGUCCCGGAUAGAAGGAGAAAACAGGUGCUUGAAAUAGAGAUUUCGGAGCUGGUGACAGGCUCAGGGUGAGGCCCCAGGACUGAGUGGCUGACACGGAGUGAAGAAAGUGGUGAGGACGCCAGGGGUCCAAGCGCUGGAGUGUUGGAGGAUAAACCCUGUGGCUGCUGAAGUCACAGAGAAUAGAAUGCUCCUGCUGAGGCUCUGAGCUCGGAAGUUUGCAGUGAAGGCCAGCAGAUGACAACAAGGAGGGAGUGGCAGGUGGUACCACCAGGCCCAGCUGAAAGCCAUGCUGGAGGUCACCCAGCAGCAGGCCACCGAGGCUGAGAGCCAGCUAAAGGAACUGCAGGAGCAAAGCAGCCAGAUCCAGAGCUCGGCCUGCACCCUGGCCUCCGUGGUCUCCAGCAAAUUCAGCUGCCUGCUGCAGGCCCUGGAGAUGCGGCGGACCUUGGCACUGACGGACAUCGAGGUGGCCAAGACACAGGCACUAACACAGGCCCAGGAUGAAGAACGGCGACUGCGGGGCCACCUGGAAGCCCUGGCUCACUACGACCGCAGGGUCCGGGACCUCCUGGAGCAGUCGGAUGACCAGACCUUCCUCCAGGAAUCACAGCUCCUGGCACCCCCAGGCCCUCUUGGGCCCCUGGCUCCUCUGCAGUGGGACGAAGAGCAGCAGCUGGCUGGCAUGGAGUCACUGAGCCGGCUGUAUGGUCUCCUCCUGGAUGAGGGGAGCCACCCCAGGGCACCGGCUGAGGCUGCUGAUUUGGGCCCCGUGGGUAAGGCUGACCCCAGAUCUCUCUCUACCCCUCCGGGCCCAGCUGGCCCUCCCACAGCGGGUGGGAGUCGGGUCAGGACCCUGCCCCCCAUGAGCUCUCUCCCCGUCACUGCCCUAACACUUCUUUGCCUCCUAGAGGCCCCAGGUCCGCUGGCACCAGUCCCAAGCCCGGUUUGCCCACUGAGGAGGAAACUCUGGCAGAAUUAUCGCAACCUGACCUUCGACCCAGACAGCGCCAAUUGCCACCUCUACCUGUCUCAGCAGGGCCAGCAGGUAAAGCACCGUCACAAGCCCCGGGACCUGGCCGGGCCACGCAGCUUCCAGCUCUGGCAGGUGCAAUGUGCCCAGAGCUUCCGGAACGGUCGACACUACUGGGAGGUGCGCACGUCUAAUCACUCAGUGACGCUGGGCGUCGCCUAUCCAGAACUUUCACGGCACAAGCAAGGGCCCCACACAGACAACAUUGGACGUGGGCCUAGCUCCUGGGGGCUCUGUGUUCAGGAGGACAGGGCCCAGGCCUGGCACAACGGGGAGGCCCGGCGCCUCCCAGGGGUGUCCGGGCAGCUCCUGGGCAUGGAUUUGGACCUGGCCUCUGGCCGCCUCACCUUCUACAGCCUGGAGCCCAAGGCCCAGCCCCUACAUACCUUCCACGCCAUUUUCACCCAGCCCCUCUACCCCGUCUUCUGGCUCCUGGAGGGUAGGACUUUGACCCUGUGCCAUCGGCCUGAGGCCAAGCUCCCUCCGGGACUCCAGGAAGAGGCCGCGGGGACCAGCUGAGGUGCUGCCUGGGCCUCAGAGGCUAGUGUGGUGCCCAUGGGCCCCUGUUCCUGCUGGAGAGUGUGUGCGGUCCGUACCUCGCCGCACAGGAGGCACAACAACACACUUCGCUGCAGCUCACCUCCAUUGAAUGUGAUGUAGACCAAAGGGACGGGGCCUGGUGGGGGGGGGGGGGCAAAGCACAACCAAUUCCUGGAGAAAACCUAGAGAAAAGCAAUUUUUACCUCCUUCUCUCUCUUUUCAUAACAUUUUGGCAUAUCUUAGUCUCUUUUGUAUAUCCUUGUGAUUACAUUUUGUAAACAAUUGGGGUGGGGUGUUUUUUUGCCUUUCUACUCAGCACAAGCAUUUUUCACGGUAUUAAAAUUUUUCCCUGAAUGAUUACCAUAUAAA